AUGGCCGAGGUUGCGGCAAACACACCUGUGGUCUCCGCAGAGGAGCUCCAAAAACAUUCUACUUCUAGGGAUUGCUGGAUUGUGGUGCAUUCGAGAGUCUAUGAUGUGACCAAUUUCUUAGAAGAACAUCCAGGGGGGUCAGCCAUUAUUUUGAAAUAUGCUGGUGACGAUGCAACGCAAGCAUAUGACGAGGUUCAUGCCCCUGGUAUCAUACAUCGGACAUUAGCCCGCGAGCAAUUCAAGGGCACAAUCGACCCCCUCACAAUACCCAAGAAACAAACAACAGUGCCAGAGGCAGUCCCAAAUAAGAGUUCUGAAGAGCUUCCAGAUCUAAGCACGCUCCUAGGAGUGCAAGACUUUGAAGAAGUUGCUCGGAAAAAGUUCUCAAAGAAGACGUUUGCCUUUUACUCCUCAGCCGCGACAGACUUGAUAUCGCAUCGCGAUAACAUUGAAAGCUAUCGAAACUUGCUUCUGCGACCUCGAGUUCUACGGAAUGUUAAGGAAGUAUCGAUAUCCCGAAAGAUAUUGGGAUGCGACAGCAGCGCUCCUUUUUUUGUUAGUCCCGCCGCAAUGGCCAAGCUCGCACAUCCAGAUGGCGAAUUGGCGAUCGCAAGGGCCUGCGCAGAGGAGAAUAUCAUUCAGAUCAUUUCAAACAAUGCGUCAUACCCACUGGAAGACAUAGUCGCUGCCGGUCGCCCUGGGCAAACAUUCUUUUUCCAACUUUACGUAAACUCGGAGCGUCAGAAAACGGAAGAGCUGCUCAACAAAGCGCGCAAUCUAGGGAUCAAAGCCAUUUUCGUCACAGUUGAUGCCCCCAUUCCUGGUAAAAGGGAAGCCGAUGAGCGAAUCUCGGCUGAAAACUUUGUGUCUGCCAUGAGUGGUGCAGUUGCAAAAAACGACAAGAAGGGAGGUGGUCUAGGCCGCGUGAUGGCCCAGUAUAUUGACUCUUCACUGAAUUGGGACGAUCUCGAGUGGAUUAAAAGGGUUUCUAAAUUGCCGGUAUUCCUAAAGGGGGUUCAGACAGCAACAGAUGCGAAAUUGGCGGCAGAGCAUGGAUGUGCAGGAAUACUAUUAAGUAACCACGGGGGGAGAUCAUUGGAUACGGUACAACCGGCCAUGGCCACCUUACUGGAAAUGCACAAAGAAUGUCCGGACAUCUUUGGUAAGCUUGAAAUUUACGUUGACGGAGGAAUUCGUCGGGGAACGGAUAUUUUGAAGGCUUUGGCUUUGGGUGCCACAGCCGUCGGCGUUGGACGACCAUAUCUGUAUUCGUUGGCCUACGGAGAAGAGGGAGUGCAACACUUGACAGAGAUUCUGAAAGACGAGCUCGUGUCAACGAUGAAAUUGAGCGGAAUCACAAAUAUCGAUCAAGCUCAUCCCGGAAUGGUAAAUACAUCCAGACUAGAGCAUCUCAUUCGGACAGGAGGGGAAAGGCAUCCGUGGAUCAAGUGGGAGCCAAAAUCUAGGCUAUAA